AUGUCACGAGCGGUAGAAGAAGUUACAACUGCAAUUGUAAAUACAUUGGCAGAAGAAUGGAUAUGUUUUCCAACAACACCCCAAGCGAAAAACAUAAUUAAAGAAGGAUUUAUGGAAAAGUUUAACUUUUCUGGAGUCGUAGGGGCUCUAGAUUGUACCCACGUUGAAAUAUUAAGACCAUUGGUAGAGGAACACAACUAUAUCAACAGAAAGGGUUAUCAAUCAAAGAAUAUUCAGUUGAUUUGUGAUCACAAUUUAAAAAUUAUAAAUAUUAAUAGUAGAUAUGCUGGUGCUACACACGAUUCGUUCAUUUGGAGAAAUUCAGCGGUACGAGCAGAGUUGGAAAGAAAUUACCAAAGGGGUGAAAGAAACAGUUGGUUGUUGGGGGAUUCAGGGUAUCCUCAAGAACCUUGGUUGAUGAGACCAGUGAUAAAUGCAUUGCCAGGUCCCCCCGAGUAUAGAUAUACCCAAGCACAUAUACAUGGCUUAAGAAGGUGUAGUAGUCUAGAAGAAAUAGUAGUAUACAUGGCUUAG